UUCUUGUUUGAAAGCCAAGGGGCAACACAAAAAGAAAGUCUUUGGCAACACUCCUGAGACGGGACAACAAGCAAAUAACAGUAGAUUUCGUGUAAGCAUUCGACCUGCCAAACGUUUGGCAGUAUUCUCAAGAAUCAGUCGAGUUGUUGUUUUGAAGCAAGUUUCCUUUUGGACCGCUUGGAAUAGGUUUCUUUUCUCUGGAACUAUUGGUUCCUCGCGCAGAAGCGGAUUGGUUCAAACCCAAGAAGAAAGGGCCAGUCAAGGUGGAAGUUUGAAUUGAUCAUGACAUCCUUUGACCUGUGGGGGAGCAGUGAACUAUUCUCCUCUGGAGUAUGGGCCCUGAGAAACCUGAUCCACAGGAUGCCGACCACCCCUCCCUCCUCCCUUGACACCCACCCACCAGCUUUCCCGCCCUUUUCCUUUACCACACCACCCGCCCCCCCCUGUUCCCCGUACCCCUCCCCACCAUGCUCUCCAGGGCCUGGGGUGAAGGGGAUUGGAGGGUCCGGAGGGGUGACCCUGCGUUCUCCAGCCACUCGUCACCUCACCCACCUGGAUCCCUGGAGGAGGCAUAGCUGGGAGCCCGGGGCUGUGGUGACAGUGCAGCAGCAGGGGAUGGAGCCCAGCGACAACCACAGUGUGAGUCUGGAGAACCUGGAUCCGGAGGAGAUGGAGAAGGUUCUGGGAGCGGCGCUUGGCGUCCGGCGAGUGGGGAGGAACCCCAUCACUCAGGAGGGCUCCUUGUCUUCCCUCACGGAGGAGGAGGCAGGGUCCGACCUGCAGCACUACUCCGUAUUGGAGGAACAGUCCAACCAGCUGCAGGGCUGCAGUGCGUCGGCCCCAACCCUCAGUGUGGUGCGUCGCAGCAACCCUCCCAGCACGGGCCCCCGACCAGUCUCCAACUGCUACGAGACUUUACCCUACAGUCAAAUUGGAGGAUCCACACAGAGUGUGGAUAGGGACCUGGGUCUUCUACUCUGGGGGAGAGAGGGAAGCUGGACGGAGGUCACGAGAGACGAGGCCCAGGAGGAGGUGACAGGCGGCCCUUUUGUGCGCACCUUCAGUUUCCUACGCAAGAUGGCCGGCAACCGCAAGAAUAAGGAGAAGGAACGCAUGAGGGAGAGGGAGAGGGAGGCGCGGGACAGGGAGGCGCGCUACAGCAACGGGCAUCUCUUCACCUCCCUCACCGUGUCGGGGACCACCCUCUGUUCAGCAUGCAACAAGAGCAUCACUGCCAAGGAGGCCCUCAGCUGCCCCACCUGCAGUGUAACCAUCCACAACCGCUGUCGAGACACGUUGCCAAACUGUGCCAAAAUGAAACAGAGGCAACAGAAGAUGGCUCUUAUGAGGAACAACUCAGCUCUGCAGAACGUGACCCUUCGUACCAAAACCCCCAUGAUGAGGGAACGCCCCAGCUCCGCCAUCUACCACUCUGACAAUCUCCGCCAAUCCUUGCUGGGCUCGCGCCGCGGACGCUCCGGCCUUUCCCUCUCCAAGAGUGUCUCCACCAAUAACAUUGCAGGGAACCUGAAUGAUGACUCUCCCUUGGGGCUGCGCAGGAUCCUGUCCCAGUCCACAGACUCGCUCAACUUCAGGAACAGAGCUAUGUCCAUGGAGUCGCUCAACGACGAGGGAGAAGUGUACUACGCCUCCAUGCUGGAGGAAAUGGAGAUUGAGGGGCGGGAUUUUGAGGCGGACUCAUGGAGCAUGGCGGUGGACUCGGGCUACCUGCAGACGCAUCGCAAAGACAUCAUCAAGAGGCAGGACGUCAUCUAUGAGCUGAUCCAGACAGAGCUGCACCACGUGCGGACACUUCGCAUUAUGGAGCGGGUGUUCCGCCAGGGCAUGCUGGAGGAGGUGCAGCUGGAGCCGGGCGUGGUGCACGCCAUCUUCCCCUGCCUGGACCGCCUCACUGGCAUCCAUGUACGCUUCCUGGCACAGCUGCUCACACGGCGCAACCACAGCCUGCAGACUGGCAGCACCUACAACUUCACUAUCCACCAGCUGGGAGAUGUGCUGCUGGAACAGUUCUCGGGCCAGUGUGCUGACGAGAUGAGAAAGACCUACGCUGAGUUCUGCAGCCGCCACCUGAAGGCUGUAAAGCUGUACAAGGAGCUGCUGGCCAGAGACAAGAGGUUCCAGUACUUCAUACGGCGGGUGUGUCGGGGUCACCUGUUGCGUCGCCAUGGCGUCCAGGAGUGCAUCCUGUUGGUCACUCAACGCAUCACCAAGUACCCUGUCCUCAUCCAGCGUAUCCUUGACAACACCAAGGACAAUGAAGAGGAGGCCUCCUGUCUGACCCAGUCUCUGACCCAGAUCAGGGAGCUACUUAGCUCAGUGGACCAGCAGGUGAUGGAGCUGGAGCGGACUCAUCGGCUGCAGGAGAUCCGGGCCAGGCUGGACCCACGGGUCGAGGCCAAGGUGAGGGACGGGGGCCUGUUCAGGGGAGGAGAGUUGCUCCGCAGGAGACUCAUCCAUGAGGGAACGCUGCUCUGGAAGACCCCUGGGUCUAGGCUCAAAGAUGUGCAGGUCCUGCUGAUGACAGACAUCCUAGUGUUCCUACAGGAAAAAGACCAGAGGUUCAUCUUCCCUUGUCUAGACAAGUCUCCGAUCCUCUCCCUGCAGAACCUCAUGAUUAGGGAGAUAGCCAAUCAGGAGCGAGGGCUCUUCCUCAUCAGUGACUCCUCUCCUCCGGAGAUGUACGAGGUCCAUGCUGCCUCAAAAGAUGACAAGAACACCUGGAUACGCAUCAUACAGCACACUGUCAGCAGGUAUAUACAUAAACACACAUACACACACACGCACACAGAGACACACACAAACUGCUCAUAUCCUCACUAUCUUUUCUGUCUCUGCAGUUGUCCUUCCAGGGAAGAGUUCCCACUCAUAGAGACUGAAGACAAGGCCCUUCUGAGACGACUGAAAGCGGACAUCCAGCAGAAGGACCGGGAGGUGCUGGAGCUGCUCCAGGAGCGGGUCACAUUGUUCUCGGACCUGGCUGAGGUGACGGGGGGUCAGGAGGUCAUGCUGCCGGGGGGCCCCAACUCCCGGAACCUGUUCCGGGCCGACACGCCCCAUGCGCCACUCGGCGAGAGAUUGCUCACUGAUGCCAUCGCAGAGGUGGAUAGGCUGAGUGAGCUACUCCUGGGCUCCACCUUUGAAAUGCCUCUGCCCUGCAGUUUCAACGGUCACCCGAACCACACAGGGGCGCUAGUGAUCAACGGUCAGGAGGUGGUUGUCAAUGGAACACACGGGACCCCAGCAGCAAAGGACCGGAAUGGGAAUCAGGCUGGAGAUAGGCCCUCAACUGAGGAAGCGUAUCAGAGGCUGGUCAACCUUAGUGCCUACCUUCAUGCCCUCCAGGGCACCGUGAUCAAGCAGGACUCCAUCCUGGAGCUCUGCCUGCGCUCUGAAGGCCCACCAGUCGACACCCCGACCACGCCCACCGGACGGGUCUGGCACUCCCUGUCACGUGACGCGGGCAUGGCUGAGGCCAGCACGGGGGUGGCCAUCGGGGAGCUGGCCCUGCUCCAGAGGCAGCACAGCCUCCUGCAGGAGGAGCUCAGUAGGCUGCGGGGUACCGAGGGCCGCCUGAGGGAUAGCGAAAAGGCCCGCGCCCAGCUGGAGAGGCAGGUCCGCGACAUGAAGGCCCACAGUGCCACUAUGAUGGACAGUGUGGGAACUGCAGGCUCAGAGCAGGCUCCACCCCUUCGCAGAGCAAGUGAAACCAACGCAGACACCCAAUUGGCCAGCCAGGAGUCAAUCGAGCAUUUGGAAGGGCAUCAUGAUGGCAGUGACCUGGAGGUGGAGGUGACGUCAGAUGAGGAGGAGGAGGAGGCCAAAGUAUCACCGCGCUCGGAGAGUCCCCAUGAUCUUCAGGACAUUCCAGAGGAGAGUGAAGCCACAGCAGAAGUACCACGAGAGCCUGACGUGUCACACUGCUCCCCUACUCUCAAAAAUAGGCCGACGAGGACAACAGAACUGAACUUGAAAUAGUCUUCCUCUUUUUACACUUAAAAGGAAGUAUCAUAUUCAUUUUCAAAUAUAUAUAUAUAUAUAUAUAUAUUUGUUUCGUGGCUUUUGCUUUACAGUACACGACCAGUGGCAAUAUGUGACUACGCUAUUCUUUUAUGUUUCUCGAUUGGGAUUAUUUGGAUUUAUACGGCUCCCUUUGGGAAUCGAUGCUGGACUUAUUCAUGCCACCUAUUAAAGUGGCAUGAAUAACAGGAAGGGAGUUAUGCAAUGAUGAUUUUCCAAAGAAGAAUAUGCAGGAAAUGGACAGCAAAUAUAAAAGCAGUGAAUGGGAUAACCAAAGCUGAUGGGGUUUUGUCUAAGUGAAUGG